AUGUCGCACACACAUGCCAAGCGGGCCUCACGUGGUUCUGUGAAGAAUGCGGUGCGUAUUCCAUACACAUCCUCCUCGCCCUUCACACUCUCCGCAGCCGCGGCCGAGAGUGAAGGUACACAAUGGCGGAAGUCCAGCCGCCUUCUCUCACGAGUGGCCUCCGCAGUGGCGCAGAGGAUUCUUCACACCCCGCGGCCCCCAUUAAAAUACGGCGAUAUUCUCCGCGAUGUGCCCUUUCACACACACAAUCGAAUGGUUUCCUUCUUUUCCACACAUGCCUCUUUCUGUGAAGAUGAGUUUGGUGUUUCCCAUGCCCAGUGUCUACGCUUCACACGAGGUCCAUGGAUGGGAGAAACGGCCAUUGUGAUUGGAGCCCGCGGGGGGAAUUUGUGGGUGAUGAGUCGUGAUGGUCCCAACAUUGCGUUUCCAUUAAAUCCGGUGGAAAAACACAAAUGGGAAAAGGUGGCGGUGGAACCGGAGUUGGUGCAGCGACUACGUGAGGGAUUAGAGGCGGCACGCAGAGAUGUGGAAUUGGAUUACACCACAGAGCAGCAGGAGUUUCUGCAGAAGGCACCGGAUUUGUUUAUAGAAGUUGUGGAUGACUCGGAAAGGGAAAUAUUCACUUCGGAUAUGCGGUGGAGUAUGCGAAGAUACACGAAGGAGGCUAGAGAAAAUAAUAAUAAUGAUGAUGAUAGUAAUAGUAAUAGUCAUAAUAAUGAUGAGGAUGAUGAUGAUCAUAGUAGUGUUGGAAAUGCUGUUGAACGGUCUCACAGUCGUGUAGAUGCUGAGAAUGUGGAGGGGAAUAAUAAUAAUAAUAGUAAUGAUAAUGAUAAUAGAAGUGUUACUCCUGCCAUGAGUGAGAGUAAAAAAAGUAAACGUGUGGUGAUUGUACCGCAAGUAGUGCAGUCAACAGGUGAUCUUGGUUGGGCUGGUGAAGGCAUUGUGGUAGUGAAUGGCGGUGGUGUGGAGUCAUUCGCCGCCUCUCUCUCUGCUUCUGUACUAUUGUAG